AUGUCAAUAGUUUAUAAGCAACUUUAAACAAUUUAUUCAAAGAAAUGGAGAAUAGAUUGUUAAGUGAUUUCAAUUGAUUAAAAUAAUUUAAUUGUCGCUUUAGGAAGUAAUCGUAUUAUUCAUUUAUUCUAAUAUUAUAAAUCAAAACUUAAAGAAGUUUAAACACUUCUUGGACAUAUUGAUGAUAUUACAACACUCGCCUUUACAUAGAAAAGGUCAUAACUGAUAUCUGGUUCAAAAGAUAAGUAAAUCAUAGUCUGGUCUUUACAAUUAUUGAAGUAACCAAGGAUAAUUCAAAAACUAAGAGAACACUCUGAGUAGAUUAAUAGCUUACUCUUAAAUAGAAAGGAAGAACUUAUAAUUUCAUCUUGCAAUAAAAUAGUAUUUUGGAAAUAAUUAUUGAAUGAAUCAGGUAAUUAAUAAUAAUGGGUUUGUGUUUAUUAAUAUGCAUCAGAAAAAUAAAUUUUUGGGUUAUCAUUAAAUGAGGAUGAGGAUUAAGUUGUUGGUUGUUGUGAAGAUUAAACAAUUAUAGUUAUGAAAUAAGAAAACUAAAAUUAUUGGACAAUAAAACAAAAGAUUAUUAUAGAUGAAUGGGGUUAUAGAAUUUGUUUUGUUGGAAAAAAUACAUUUGUAUUCUAACCCAUCCUUGAAUAUGACUUAGUUUGUUUAGGUGCAAAAUUUUUACAUAUAUACUCCUAUAACUAGUUGUAAAAUAAAUUCUUAAAAUCAGGAUAAAUAUAGGUUAAAGGAGAUUGCUAAGCCUGCUUUCAAUACUUCCCAACUGUGUAUAAUUCGAGAAAAAGAAUGCUAAUUCAUAAAAAUGGAUGCCAUUUAAAUUUAAUUAGAGUUUAAGAGAAAACUACCCAAAUAAAAGAAGAAGAUUUAGAAUUGUACUUUAAAUUAGUAGAAAUUAUGAAUUUUGGAAAUUCGGAAGGUUUUGGUAAUAUAAUUGGAACUCUUAGUAAUGACGGAGAAAUUCUCAUAAUUUGGGAUUAAAAUGCAAAGGAAAUUACCAUAAAUAUGAUUAUUAUGGAAUGA